CCGUUUCCAUUGUGAUUGAGUUGAUAGAGAGAAUGGUGAACCUAGUGGCGGCACAGAAGCCAUUGCUUCACGGGCUAAUGAAGAUGGCCGGGAUCAGGCCCUACACGGUGGAGAUAGAGCCCGGCACCGUCAUGAGCUUCUGGGUCCCCUCGGAGACCAUAACCAAGCCCAACAAAAAAGACGAGAAGCCCAAACUGAAGGCCAAGCCCAAGAAACCCGCAGUGGUGCUGGUGCACGGUUUCGCCGCGGAGGGGCUGGUGACGUGGCAGUUCCAAGUGGGCGCGUUGACGAAGAAGUACGCGGUUUAUGUUCCGGACCUUCUGUUCUUCGGAGGGUCCACGACGGACAAAACGGAACGGUCGCCGAGGUUUCAAGCGGAGUGUUUGGUUACGGGGUUGAGGAAAGUGGGGGUGGAGAAGUGCGUGGUGGUGGGUUUCAGUUACGGGGGAAUGGUGGCGUUCAAGAUGGCGGAGAUGUACCCUGAAAUGGUUCAGGCUUUGGUGAUUUCUGGGUCCAUUUUGGCCAUGACGGACUCCAUCAGCAUCUCGUCGCUGCAAGAACUUGGCUUCUCUUCUUCUUCGGAGCUCUUGUUGCCUACUUCCGUUAAGGGGCUUAAGGCGCUUUUGUCCGUCGCUGCGCACAGAAAACUCUGGUUCCCGGAUCGUUUGCACAAGGAUUUUCUUGAGGUGAUGUUUACAAAUAGGAAGGAGCGAGGUGAGCUUUUGGAGGGCUUAGUAGUUAGCAAUAGAGAUAUCACCAUCCCAAAUUAUCCACAGAGAAUUCAUCUCUUAUGGGGCGAGAAUGAUCAAAUUUUCAAACUGGAGCAUGCACAAAAUAUGAAAGAACAACUAGGGGAUGGCACCACGUUUGAAGGCAUAAAGAAAGCUGGUCACCUGGUUCAUCUGGAACGACCCUGUGUUUACAACAGAUGCCUUAAGCACUUUAUUGCUUCCUUCUUCGCAUCAAUUAAUGAACCCAAAAAAUAAUUAAUCCACUUACGUAUUCAACCCUAUUCUCAGCUUGCUCAGAUUAAAUAUAUGUAUGUUAUUGGAGGUGACAUCAAUCAAAGAUAUAUAUGUUGUUUCUAAUAUCCAUUGUAUUAUAAACAGCUAGACUACUUUUCAUAUAAGAUGGUUUUACUGGUGUUUCCUUCCUUC